UAACUCUGUUAGGCAGAGGCUGGGUCUGAGGUUGACCAGCCCAGCCCCGCUCAGCUAUUUAAGGGAGUUCUGUUCACCUUCCCAGCUUAACUGCCACUCAGGAAACUACACCUGCUACAUUUGUUUACUUACAAUCUCCUCAUCCUCUGACAGCAUGGGUCGACAGAAGGCAUUCCUAGACAAACUGUCCCGGUUCUUUCAGAUCCGUAAUAAGUUGCUUCGCCAGUCAUUGGCAGAGUGUCUCGGCACCCUCGUCCUUGUGAUGUUUGGCUGUGGUGCUCUGGCACAACAUGUGCUGAGCUCUGGCUCACAUGCUAUAUUCCUCACUGUCAACUUCGCUUUUGGCUUCGGUGCCACCUUAGGCAUCCUGGUCUGUGGCCAGGUUUCAGGUGGUCAUCUGAACCCUGCUGUGACCUUUUCGCUGUGCCUGCUUGGAAGAGAACGCUGGAGAAAGUUCCCCAUGUACUUCCUGUUUCAGACAAUUGGUGCAUUUUUUGGUGCUGCUGUGAUUUUUGGCAUGUACUAUGAUGCCUUGUGGGAUUUUGAGGGAGCGUUCAAUGUUACUGGCUCUGGUGUCACCGCUGGCAUCUUUGCUACUUACCCUGGAACCCACCUCACUACUCUCAAUGGCUUCUUUGACCAGCUUAUUGGCACAGCAGCACUGAUCGUUUGCAUUCUGGCUAUUGUGGAUCCAUACAACAAUCCCAUCCCCCAAGGGCUGGAGGCCUUCACUGUGGGGUUUGUGGUUCUGGUCAUUGGACUUUCCAUGGGCUUUAAUUCUGGCUAUGCUGUUAACCCUGCCAGAGAUUUCGGUCCACGUCUUUUCACCGCCAUAGCUGGCUGGGGAGGCGAAGUGUUCACGGUUGGAAACGGCUGGUUCCUGGUGCCUAUCAUUGCCCCGUUCAUUGGCGCCAUCAUUGGCACAGUCAUUUAUCAGUUGAUGGUUGGUAUCCACGUGGAGGGAGAAGCACGCGAAAAGAAGGAGAGAGCGGAGGGGGAGAACGUUCGACUGGCAAAUGCCAACAAGAAAGACGUGCCCUGAGCACUUGCAUCCAGUUGCUCUUUAAUGUAAAUAGAAUCACACCACAUUUUAUCAUUUCUGCCGCAGCUAUUUUUGGGGGUCAAAUGAUCCUCAUAGCAACUGAAAUAUCUUCUCUGGCGAGUUAUUUGGUUUGCCACAGUAGUCCUUAUUUACAUGUUGUAUUAUGCUGAUAAAAACAUUAUGUACAGGUUGAACAGAUGUCAUUUUUAUAAGAUUUGAAUACCCGUAUCUGUAUCAAUAACACUUCAUUUUUAACAGUAUUGUAUAUUUUAUACCAUAUUACUUUUUAAGAAUUACUUUAGUUUAUAUUCAUGACAGUAACAUUUAUUUUAGAGCUUUUAUAUAUUUCUGUGUGUAUUGUUCAAAAAGAUUUGAGCGGGGGAAUAGUUUGGAAUAUUAAAGUUUCAUUGUACCAAUGCAUGAGUCAUUUGGAAUAACAUGAUAAAAACCUGUAUAGAGGUCAUUUAUUGUCUGUCCUGAUUAUAUGGAGUUGAAAAACAGUGGUCUGUGUUCUUCCCACAGCAUUCUCCUUUAUAUGAUUGUUGUUGAUAAAACAUGUUUUUUUCAACCUUUUGUGAAAUUAAAAGCUUAAAAACGUGAA